AUGGGUAAGUCUGUGGUAGGGCGCUGCGCUUUGCUGGCGCUGGCUCUGAUCGCAUCAACCGUCAGGUCUCAGGAGUGCGACGACAUCGACGCGUACUUCGGGGACGUGAGCUCCGUGACGGAGAUCGACCUGGGAACCAUUAUCAGGGUGGACUGCCCGUCCACCGACGACGGCGAGGAGUUACCGUACAUCACCAUCGAGAGCGGCAAGACUCUCGCCGUCAAGUCCGAGGAAUCCUUUGUUCGGUUUGUCAACCUUCGCUUCAUCGUCGAGGAGGGUGCCUCCCUCAUCUUCGACAUGCCCGUCACAAGGGUUGGCCCCAACAGCGUCGUAGAUCCUGAGAGUGCGAGCGACUUCGUGUUCGACGUGGCCGAGGGCGGAAGCUUGACCUUCAACGGGAAAUUCCGCUCCAGCCAGGUUUUCAACGUCCGAUCGGUGUUCUACAACCGCGGUUCGAUCGAGUUCAAGGACGACUCUUUGUUCAACAACAACGGCAACGUCUUCCGGAACAACGAAGGCACCAUCAAGUUCCGCGGCGACGCCGUCUUCAAGAACAACUGGUACCUCGCCAUCGUCAACGACGGCGAAGACUCCUUCGUGAGCACUACUCUAUAA